AUGGCCCCUGCACUUCCUCUACUCGUUGUUUCGACCAGCUCCGUGCGCCCGCAUGCUGCUGUGCCCAGGCGACCUCGCCAGCGCCGUCGUCCGUCGCCGCGGCUCCGCCCGCGCCCGGCGUUCCUGUCACUGGACGACGCCUGUGGGCUGGCCGCUCCCCUGCAACCUCCCUGGUGCGCCUCGCCCUCGCGGCCGCCAGAACCAGCUGCGUCGGCAACGCUGUCCGCCUUCCGCCCGAGCUGGUUCCACGCCUGGCGUCAUCUCGGCCCUCGGCCGUCUGGGUGGGGGCCGGCCCUGUCCCCGAAGCUCCCGCCGGGUUGCCUCCGACCGCCGCCUGCGUCGGCUCGGCUCCGCCCGCGCGCCGGCUCCGCGUCCGCCCGGCCUCGUCCUGCUCCCGGCGCUUGGGCCGACUCCCCGACGCUGGCCCGCCCUGCAUCGGUUCCUCCCGGUGCCGGCUUCCCCGCGCGCCGCCUCGAGCGAGAGGCCGUCCGCCUCGCCUGCUCGCCCAUCGCCCCGGCCGACUGCGGCUCCGGCGCCAGACGGCCUCGCCUGCUCGCCCGCCGCCCCGGCCGACUGCGGCUCCGGCGCCAGACGGCCUCGCCUCCUCGCCCGCCGCCCCGGCCGACUGCGGCUCCGGCGCCAGACGGCCUCGCCUCCUCGCCCGCCGCCCCGGCCGACUACGGCGCCGGCGCCAGACGGCCUCGCCGGCUCGCCCGCCGCCCCGGCCGACUACGGCCCCGGCGCCAGACGGCCCCGCAGGCUCGCCCGCCGCCCCGGCCGACUACGGCCCCGACGCCAGACGGCCUCGCCUGCUCGCCCGCCGCCCCGGCCCACUACGGCGCCGGCGCCAGACGGCCUCGCCGGCUCGCCCACCGCCCCGGCCGACUACGGCCCCGGCGCCAGACGGCCCCGCAGGCUCGCCCGCCGCCCCGGCCGACUACGGCCCCGACACCAGACGGCCUCGCCGGCUCGCCCGCCGCCCCGGCCGACUACGGCCCCGGCGCCAGACGGCCUCGCCGGCUCGCCCGCCUACCCGGCCGACUCCGACCUGCCUCCGCCUCCCCAGCGCGCGCCGGGCCGGCUCGCCGCUCGCCGGCCCCGCCAGCUCGGCCACGGGUCUCCUCCGCUCCGCGCCGGCUCGCGGCUCCGCCUACACCCAUGCCCGUCGCCUGCCCGACCUCCUGA